UUAUUGGAAAAAAAAAAUAACACUCAACUUUACUCUUUUCUCAUCUCUUUCGUUCACUUUUCCUAGUUCCUACUACCCAAAAUCUCCGAACUCCAACUUCUCCUUCUUUUCUCAAUUCACCUGAUUCCCUCUAUACUACUUUGAAUUCUUUGAGAUCCGGCUACCAAAUAGAGAGGCAAAAGCAAAUUUUGUCCCGAAGAAGACUAGAGAAAGCUUGGUUAUGGCGGUGGAGAUUUGGGAUCUCAGGAAUCCAACGAGGAUUUGAUGUAAAUCCUUGAUUUCUAGCAUCGAUUUGGCAACUCUUUCUCGUUUCGAGGAUGAUAUGAAAAAUUCCUUGAGAGCAAUGAGUGAGUUCUGCUUGGCAACAAUUCUGUUGUCGUUCAAUUUCAAGUACUAGAACAAAGCUCUGAUCGAUUUUGGCGAAACGAGAAGACUGCGAGAUGCUGCGACUUCUCCCCCGUUGUUGCAGCUGCUCACCUAAACAUCCCGCUCAUCGACCUCAGUAGCUCCUCCAGAACCACCGCCUGCUUCUCUACAGAUUUCCCCACCAAUUCAUCGAACGCGGCGACGAGCACACCGGCGGCGCCAUUGGACAUGGUGGCAUCCGGUUCCGCCGGCUCACUCUCCCAGCUGUUGAGCUUCCUCAAACACGCGGCGUCAGAUCCUCUCAACUCCGAACCUCAAGUCCGAAUGUGCAAUCAUGAAUCAUCCUCAUCAGAUCUCCGAGGAGAGCAGCAGCACGAGAAGAAGCUUCACAACGUUGGUCAAACACCAAGGAAGCCUCAUUGCUGGAGGCCUAGAAGGGUGGCUCCAUGAGAAGUUUGUCACUAUCAGAAGAUUUCUGGUUUCUUUAUCCCUGUUGCUAACUUGGUUCGACUGGUAAAAGCGAUCACCCAAGAUUAUAGCCAGGAAGUGAACUGCUGGAAACUUGAAGGUAUCGUGGCUCUUCAAGAGGAAGCUGAGGAUUUCUUGGUCCACUUAUUUAAAGAUGGGAUGCUAUGUGCAGUUCAUGCCAAACGUGUUACAUUGAGUUUUGGCACCUCAAUUUUGGGCAUUAUGAGCUAUAGACUUCACACUAUAGAGGCAAAGUAAAAAAGAUCUUAUGUCUGCAUAUUCAGAUACAAAUUAUGCGUUCUUCAGUGGGUGUUGAAGCAUCAGAGCGGUGUCUCCAUCUUGUUGUAAGAGAAAAAUUGAGUCCCACAAGGGAUGUGCGAAAUGGGAAGUCACAUGACGAACCACGCGCUCGUUUCUUCUCUGUUAGAGUGGUGUCUCCAUCUUCUCCUACCGCCGUCCCUGAGCCGAUUAAUUCAAUGUCGUCUAAGUGGAUUGAAGGUGAACGAAGGUUACAAAGGAUCUAUUUGUUUACAAUGAAAUGGGAUCUCAGCCAAUUAUCAGCAGUGGGGGCAGCAUGCAGUUACUUUGUCUCAGCAACAAUUACUUUGUCUCACCAGCUGGAAGCAGUAAUUUCCUUCAGAACUACUAUGUCAGUCCCCUCCUCAACAAAGUCUAUAAUCUUGACCAGUAUGGCUCUUUCCUUAUCAGCUUAUUCAACACUUUUGUCAAGGGAAGCUGCACCUGGACUAUGGCUUAGUUCAUGAUUAUUUCAUCAGUGAGUACAAGGAAGCUAGGGAAAAAGCGAACAAAGGAAGAUGAACGAUUAUCGAAGGAGAAAGGCAUACCUCAACAAAUGCACGAAUUAAAGGAAUUCUACAAAAAAACACAGGUUUCGAAGCUUUCAGCCAACCAAUUCAUGUAAUUGUGAUUUUUGGAAUAGGGGGUUGAUUCUUAGUGAUAAUAUUGUGUAAUUGUGAUUUUGGUUACUAAACAAUAAAUUAUAUAAUUACAAUUUUGGUUACUGUAUAAUUUUGUUAUAUAAUACAAUUUUGUAUUAUCAUUCUAUUUAAUUUUUAUAUUUUAAUUUAGUGACCAAAAUCUCAUUG